AGGUCGUGGAUCACUGAUUCCUCUCAUACACAUUUUUAUACCUACACAUUUGCACUGGGACAUACAAACACUCGUGCUGCGGCUCUUUCCUCUUCUCGCUUCUCCAAAAAUGCUGAAGAUUAAAACAGUCUUGAAACUGGGGCCGAAGACGAAAGAUGAAGAGUACGAUCGACGCAAAAACGAGAUGAAGACGCUUGGUUCGGCGAUGCGCGCGUACAAGUCUGCCAUGGAAAGGGCCAAAUCGUCGAUGAAACGCGUGGUGGAAACGUGGGCGGAUGUCCGAAAGGCUUUCGAUGCGCUCUCUGACGACGUGAACGUCCCAGAUUCCACGCGGGAUUGCACCUUAGCCUUGACAGCGUCGAUGGAUCGCAUUGAAGGGAGUCUGCUGCCGGAGUACAUGACUGUCAUGGAUUCCAACGUCAUCCCCGCCACCAGCGAGCUCAGUUCGCUCUACGACGAAUGCGGCAAACUGGAGAACAGUCGCAACAAACUGAUGCAUGAGUACGACGUGUACCGAAAUGAGGUGGCGAAGAAGGAGUCGGAGUACCAACGAAAGUCGAAGGACAUCUCCACCUCAAAAAGCUAUGGUUCCGAAGUGGCGAAGCGGGACCGCUUAGAGGCUGACUUUGGAGAAGCAGACCAAAAAUUCAAGGACACGCAUGCGCAUCUCAUGCAGAACCGCGCAAUUGCGUGCAGCGCCGCUCUUUACGCCUUCGUGGAUUGCUCAGCCACCUUCAUGGAAGGUGUCGCCAGUGAGUUCACGGCGUUGAAGGGAAGCUCACAGCAAGCCCUCCAGGCGGUGCGUUAUGGGGCGCAGAUGGAGUACAACACUCCCAACGAUUAA